AUCUGCAGCAGAAGCCCACAUCUCCUUUAAAAGCUAUGUACCCCGGCAUCUGCAUCUGCCUCCUCCUGGCUGUCCUGGCCACCAGCUCCUCAGGACAGCAACCUUCAGGGUCCCACAAUGCCAACCCCGCGAUCACCGACUUUGAGCAGACCCUGGCAGAGAACCACCGGCAUGCCCGCACCCCGGCCUCCGGUGGGCCAUUGAAACCAGUCCCGCGAGUGGAGGGCAACGCUGACCUCAAAGCCAACCUUGGAGUGCUGUUGGCCAAAUACCUCCAGCAAGCCAGAAGAGGUUCUCCUGGCAAGGUCUCUGCAAUGGGAUUACAGAGUUUUGACCCAACACACAGGAUAAAAGACAGAGACUACAUGGGCUGGAUGGAUUUUGGACGCCGCAGUGCUGAAGAAUACGAGUAUUCUUCUUAAAGAGGAUCAAGCGAUCCUUAAGAGGAAUGAAAAUUAAGUCCCGUUUCUGUACAGAA